CCUUAAAAUCGGUCAAAUGCUUGAUUAGUUCUAUUGCUCCCUUUUCAAAGUUUUGUUUUGCCCGCGCCAUUUUUUAAUUCUCGCAUAUUCUCGUUCGGAAUCUUACUUUAUUUCUAAGAGUUUUGCAGUUUACAAUACAACCACACUUCUGAAUAGAUUCCCUACAUUAUAUGAAUACUAUUUGUUAUAUGUUUAUACAUAACAAAAGACAAAACAAUCUUUUGAAUAUCAACUAUGAGUAAAUCUCCCGAUGAAAUCCUGAACUCUCGCUCUACGUUCAUUCCUGAAAGAUGACCUCAAAGAAAAACCAUAAAUAAAGUUGUUUAGGUUGAUUGAAUGAUCAAAGCACAAUGGAGGCAAGGAAUCAUCCAUGCUAUUGCUGCAGUCGUUACCAGGGCUUACAAAGGGACAUAAUGCCAAUGAAUCUCGAUAGUGCCCUGAAUGAACUAGGAAUGCUGAGCUCAGUUACAGAGAGCAGGAAACAAUAUCUCAGUGAGAGGAAUCGUAACCAUAAUAGAUCUAAAUCUGAGCAGGGCACUAGUAGUAGCCAACUUCCCGACACCGGUGAUAAUGCUAUGUCUAGUACAGGAUCUGAGAGUAGUAAUAGCCUUUCAAAAGGAUAUCAAAUUGUUAAGAUUAAUCCACAAUAUGUGACAUCAUUGAAUUCGGGUAAUCGCCCAAUGAAAAUUGAACAAAUAGGCAGCAAAAAAGACCCCGGGCAUUCUAUAUGUCACGGUCGCAAAUUUAUGCCUGAUAGUUUAGAAUCUGAAGCAAGAGGAAGUAGGUUAACUCGUGUUAAGUUCUCCCGGAUUAAACGCUUUAAAAAACCAUAUGAUGUGCCAUGGCGGUUUUCGUUUGAUUAUGCCAAUUUGACGAGCCCAGAUAUGGGAGAAGGGCUCAACAGCUCAUCUCCAACCAGUACCAAUGCAAGGGAGAGUCCUUCCCUCUCUUCCAUUCAUGCCAGUCCCACCAAAUUUGCAGUAAGGAGUACCUCAAAUUCCAACACCCCCGAAAAAAAGCAAAAUGGCCGUGACCGUGGGAGCCUGGUUAGAUCAAGGUCUCUCGAUGACUUGGAUUUAUCUAAAUUGAAUUUAAUGGACAAGCAGUAUAAUGUACAGGAAAGUAAAGAGAUUGAGAAAAUGUCCCAGAAUUUUCUAAAUCUUCACGUGGACUAAUUUGAAGAACAAUGAAUUCAAUAAAUUCUCUCACCAUUCCAUGUCAGUAUUAUUAAUAUGCUCCACUAUAAUUGUUGUCAGCUGAGUGUGCAAUGUUUCAUAACUUCAGAGUGAAAUAAUGCUCAACGUUUUUAAUGCAGUCAAUAUAAUCGUUAAUAUUGUACCUUGGAUUAAUUUCAAAUUUUCAAAUUUAUAAUUUUUGGACAACUAUUUGGUGACUGGGCAAUGAGUAAUUGAACUCAGCUCAAUUUCUGUAUUUGAAUCGACCAGGUUACAGUAGGCUAAUUGUGAUUCAAACCAUUGGCCCAAUUAAUGGCUUGGUCAUAUUUGCUCCGAUUUUCACUACAGCGUCCAGCUGAUUGAGUAUUUUGUUCAAAAUUGAAUACAAUAUUCAGGAAAACACUCAAUCGGCUGGGUGGCG